AAGUAGUGGUGCUGUCUCAGUGCGCGUGGUGCUGAAAGUGCCAUCUGAAGUGAUGUGGUCGGUAUUUUUUUUCUUUCUGUCUUAUCUGGACAGAAACUUUGUCAAGGGAGAAUUCCCCAAUUAUUCCCUAGAUGCAGAGAAACAGAGUAAAAAUGUGUUUUUCAUGCUCAACAGCACUUUCUGUGCCAAAAUGUCAGGCAUGGGGGGAAAUUGCCUUUACCAAUUGUCAGACGGAAUUGAGGAAGUGCGCUCCGUGCAUGACCCGGCGGGUAAACUGGUGGACUGCUCAGUAACCAUCAACCAGAUGCAGGUGAAGUCAUUCAUGCAUGUGUGCAGAUUGGGACUGAAGCACCAGAGAACCAACCCAGAAGAUAUGGAGUUGAGUUUUGCAGACAUGACAGAAGCCAAAUACAACUGUCAAGCGUUCCAGAGGACAUCAAAGCGCACGACGGUCACCACGGAGAGGAUAGCCGCACCAACCGCUCAGACACCGAAGGAGACGAGAGAGACUUCUGUCCACGAGGAUGACAAGCAGGUGAUACGGAGAUCCAAGCGAGGAUUCACUUAUCCUGGAACCCUGUGGUGUGGAGCUGGCAACAUGGCUGAUAAUUACGACCAAUUGGGUAGGUUGUGUAAUUGCGUUUGAUGUUAUUCUGUAUUUUAGAUACAUGAUUAACUAUUCUGACCACAUUUACUCAUUCAACUGUUUCAACGGUGUUUUUUUUAUAUACAUUCUCUGUUUGCAGGAGAGUUCGCGGCGACUGACAGUUGUUGCCGCGUUCAUGACCACUGCCCCUACGUCAUCCAUGCGUUUUCCUCAAAAUACGGCUACACCAAUUUCAAGUGGCAUCCCCUUAGUCACUGUGACUGCGAUAAUGCGUGAGUUGCCUACAUUUACAUUUACAUUUACAUUUACAUUUACAUCAUUUAGCAGACGGUCUUAUCCAGAGCAACUUACAAAUUGGUGCAUUCAAUUUAUGACAGCCAGUGGGACAACCACAUUUUUUUUUGUGGGGGGGGGAUAGAAGGAUUACUUUAUACUAUUCCAGAUAUUCCUUAAAGAGGUAGGGUUUCAAGUGUCUCCUGAAGGUGGUCAGUGACUCCGCUGUCCUGGCGUCGUGGGGGAGUUUGUUCCACCAUUGGGGUGCCAGAGCAGCGAAUAGCUUUGACAUUAUACAUUAGAGUUGAAACGCCUUUUUUUGAAUGUUUUAAUAGAAUGUUAUGAGCAAAAUGCAAUGCACUUGAUCCAUCAGUUUAAAUAAUCAUUAAAAAAUAAUUAAUAAAUAUACUGCUUCAUACACUUGAGUAAUUAUGUUGUACAGUCAGAGGCUGAAACCAAUUAUAUGAUGUACUGCUGUCAAACCAUCCAGACAGGCUAUAGUAAUCAGGAGUGGCUAAUUUUCUCUUUGUCACACUGUCUGUGUAGGUUGAAGGAGUGUCUGAGGAAAGUCAAUGACACUUCCUCCAGGGUGGUUGGCCAGGCUUUCUUCAAUGUCAUCGAGGUGCCCUGUUUCCAGUUCAUAUAUGAAGAGCAAUGUGUGGAGCGCCACUGGUAUGGUGUGUAAGUACAGUAUUUACUGUAGGUUCCAAUAAUGCGCGUAUGUGAACUAGAAUCUCUUGCAAAUACAAUACAAAUACACAAAUAAUCAAAAAAAUCUAACAAGAAAUAACAAUCCAAGCAUUUUUAAGUGGCUUUAUAGUACACUACAGGGAGCACAUCUUAAACCUCUCUCCAUCUCUCUUAUCCACACAGGUGUAAAAAAUAUGACAAGCUCCCGGUUGCAGUGCCUAGAGAGUCCAUCGCGUAUGAUUUCGGAGGUAUUGAGGUUAUUGACGUGCUGACCGUGGCUCCUCUGAAAGAGACAAAGAAAACAGGCACAGAGCAGGACAAUCCUGAAGGCACAACACAGUCCACUGUGUCCGGCUCCCAGACCACUGGCCCCGAGGAGCCCUCCCUCAGGAACAUGGUCACCGUCGCUGAGGACUUCAUCAAAUUUCUGGCCACCGUCUCCACCUCUCAGGGCUCGGCUACAGACACCGCCAAAGGAGAGACACAGACCUCAGAGAAGAAGAAGAGGAAGAACACUGCAGGGAAAAAGAAGAACAAUAACAAGAAGAGGAAAGGAAAAGGAAAAGGGAGAAAGUGGAAGCAGAAAAUCGACUCAGUCUCAAAAGGAGCAGAGGAGUCCUACCAAGUUAGUCGUACCAAAGCAGAGGAAGUUGUCAAUAAGAGUAACUUUGUGAAUGAGCCUGAGAAUGUUGACCAGUUAAACAGAAAUAUCAACAGUUUCAGUGAUGGUGAAAUAGAUCAUGGAGGGAAAGAGGAGCUUUUUAAUGAUGUCAUGAGAGAUGAACCACGUGUAGAUCAAGAAAGUGCUGCAGAUGCCUCUGUCACCUCAGUCACUGCUGUCAAGAAGGAGCAGACAAUGCUGGAAACUCCGGCUCUGACGGAUCACACAGAAACAGCGUUUCUUUCUGCAACCACAGGCACACCCAUUGUGACCACACAGAAAACCAAAAGGCAGAGGUCAAGAAAGGGGGAAGGGAGGAAAAAACAGAGCAACAUAACACCAACUGUCACCCCUAAAGGAGUUGCACGCCAUACCGCCAUUAAACAGGACCUCCCAACAACCACAACAGAGAGCUCUGGCACCCCGACCGUCCCUACCAGCACUGCCAUAAUCUCUGCAGCACAGCCUGUGCAACAAAGGUUAGAGAGCCACAGUGAAAAGGGACCUGUUACGGCUACUGCCGGCACCCCCAUUGUGACUUUUAUCAAAAGCAAAAAGCACAGGUCAAAGGAGAGAGAGAAUAGAAAUAAAAGGAGGAAAAUCACUUCCACUCUUCCCAUGGUGGGGGUUACUUUCCCAAACCCCACUGAAGAGGAUCUUGAAGUGAUCACUACUGAGAGCACAAGUGCUCCAGCCGUCACCACCAUCACUACUGUUAGCAUUGCAGGGCAGCCAGUGUCACACAGACCAGAAGGUCACAAUGAGAAGGGGUCCAAUACCACUACGACUGUAACCUCAACUUUGAGUGAGACCAAAAGGCACAGGCCGAAAGAGAGAGAGGGAAGAAAGCGAAAGAGAAAAAUAAUUCCAACUCUUUUGGCUGAGGGCACAUCUCUUCAGAAUACCACUGAAGAUGCCCUUCAUACAGUCACUACUGACAGCACUGGUGUACUGAACAUCCCCACAACCACCACUGUAGUCACUGCAGAGCAGGCUGAGACGCUAGCACCACAGAGCAUAGAGAAUCACAGUGAAAAGGGACAUCUCACCACAACAGCCAGUGACCUCGUUGUGACUGGGAGAAGACAAGGAUCAAAAGAGAGGGAGGGUAGAAAGAAAAGUAAAAAAGUGACCAUACCCACUGUUGUCAAGGAUGAGGUUCCUAUCCAUGAUGACAAUGAAACCAAACUUGAAGAAAUAAUGACGAGUACAUGUCUGACACCCUCAGCGUCAGCAAUCUCAUCCAAAGUUGACGAAGUAGGAGAAUUCAAUCUACAGGAAUCUGAGAACGUCAGAGAACAGGCCCUCUUCCCUGUGCAGACCAGCACACCCACUAUAAGUCUGAAAAAAUCCACUGUCCAGAAAACGGAAGAGAGAGUAGGUAGAAAGAAAAGGAGAAAACCACCACAAUGAGACUCAUACUAACAAUGUUGCUAGUAUAGAAUGAAAGAGUGCAAUGAUGUCCUAGAUGACUAGCCUAGCUCUUGACUAUCAGAAAAACUUGCUAUGCAGACUCAAACAUAUGUGUAUUAUGUGUUAGUCAUCAUUUUGUGUAUGUUUUGUAAAAUCAACAUUUGUGCCACUAUUCAACAGGAAUUGAAACAAGUGAAUGAAGGAUCAGGAUAAUGUUUUGUAAUAUUGUAUGUGAAUUUAAACACCAAUGAUUAAUAAAAUAUUGGAAAGAAGCAUAUA